AACCCCCCCUCCCUCUUUGUGUCUCCUCUUUGACACAAAUUCCAUAAAACUAAAUUUGUUGCCACUAAUGAUCCCAAUUACAACGAUCACUACUUCAUAUAUAUCACAACAUCUGCAACGAGUACAAUAUCAUCGUUUUUCAUUUUAUCAAUAUUCAUUUUUCACUACUUUUAUAAUACGAGUGAUUUUUUGUAAUGGAGACACCACCUUAUUAUAAUUAUGCACCACCACCACCACAACAUCAUGAUUCAUCUCGACCAACCAUUGGGUUCCCACUUGGAACCGCUUUGCUUCUAAUAGUUGUUUUUAGCCUUAGUGGCAUUUUUUCAUGUUGUUACCAUUGGGACAAACUUCGUCACCUACGAGGUGAUUUUUCAGAUGAUGAUCCAGAUUCAUCACAUCAUCAUGACUCAUCUAAUUCCAAACCAAAACUUAUAUAUUCGGAAAAGAAGCAAGAAGAGAAUGGGAGUAUGCCAGUAAUAAUGGCCGGAGAUCAAUAUGCAAGGUUUAUAGCAAUGCCGUGUCCAUGUGAACCACCGAGACAAGAAAAUAAGAUUACUAUGACUAUGCAAGAGCUUCAGACGCCACCUAAGCCGCCGCAUAUAGCCAUUUCCAUGUGUUAAUAUGUUCGAAUACAUUUUUAUUUUAUUUUUAAUCAACAUAUAUAGUGUAGAGUUUUUUUUAGAGUGAAAUAGAAGUUGUGAUUCUUUUUCUACACUUGUAAAUUGUUGUUAAAAAGAUAAGAUAAAAUAAUAUAUAUUAUUGUUUUUUUUA